GCGAAUUUUGCCGAAUCUCUUGAAUAAAACGUACACGUUUGAAUUUGUAUCGUUCGUGCCAUAUGUGCUGGAACAACAGUGAUCAAUAUGUGGGUGAAGCCACAAGAGGUUCUACUGGCGAAUGCUUUCUGGGUGACAGAACAAGUAACCGUAUAUUUUGUUUUACAACGUCGUAAAGGACAUGGAAAAACAAAAGGUCUCAGUUCCAUAUUGGUGGGAACAUUGGAUAGUGUAUUUGACACUAAACCUCCACCUUUUAGAAUACUUCAUCAAACUCCAUCAUCAGAAGUAUAUUGGGAAGUUGCAUGUUCCUUAACACAUGAAGAAAUCUUGCAAGACUGGGAAUGGCUUCACACAAACUUGAUUGACACUUUGACUUCGUUUGAUACAGAAGAAGAAAUAACUGAAUUUGUUUGUUGUAAGAUACAGUCUAUUAUUGCAAACAAUGUUCCAGAUUGCCAAUUUGCAGAUGAGGAAGAUCCAGAAUCAUUUAAAACUAUGUCUUUUAAAUUCCAUCAACUGUUUAAUGUACCAAAAGAGGAUAAAUUGGUCAAUUAUUACUCUUGCAGUUACUGGAAAUCUCGUUUACCUAGACAAGGAUGGAUAUAUCUGUCAGUAAACCAUAUGUGUUUUUAUGCCUAUAUUUUGGCAAGAGAAACAAAACUAAUCGUAAGAUGGGCAGACAUUACCGAAUUGAGUAAAACCAAUUCUAUUCUAUUUCCUGACAGUAUAUGUGUUGUGACUAGGGACAAUAAAGAGCAUUAUUUUUCAAUGUUUCUGCAUAAGUCAGAGACGUAUUCCUUAAUGGAACAACUUACAAAUAUUGCUAUGAAAAGACUUAUAGAUGAAAAGAGUGGUUUUAACGAAGACAGAGAACUCUUAAAUAAGUUAAGUAAGAAUGUACCUAAGAAACCAUCAUUCUUGAAAAGAGAUCUGGAUGCACGAGCACAUUCUGAAGCUUAUAGGUUGCAGUUCAGAUUACCUGGAAAUGAAAAGUUGGAUGGUAGCAUUGAUGCAACACUAUGGACACCGUACAACAAGAGAUAUGUUUGGGGAAAAAUAUUUCUAUCUCAAAAUUACCUCUGCUUUGAAAGCAGAGUAAGGGGAUUAGUAAGUUUAGUUGUACCUAUGAGGGAGGUGAGGCUGAUAGAACCUGCUGAGAAUCAAUCGCCUAGUACGGGAAUAGACAAAUCGAUUUUAGUGACAACUGCACGAUCGUCUUUCUUAUUUGCUCAAAUUCAUGACAGAGAUUUCGUUGUACAGAAAAUAUCCGAGUUAUUAGCAAAAUCUAAAUUGUCAACUUUAAGUACUACAGACAGUUUGCAGAUCGAAAACAGUUUGCCUCACGAUGACGGUAACUCUGAUGAAAUUAAACCUACUCAACAGUGGAAACCUCGGCCACCAUUAAUGACAUUAUUUAAAGCUCCGUUAAGUGCUGAGGCAGCGCUAAAGCAGGAAGCGAAGGAAAAACAAUGGGAGCUUCAUUUUGCAGAAUAUGGAAGGGGUAUUACAAUGUAUAGAACCACAGAGACAGCAAAAUUAAUAAUCCAAGGUGUACCACAGACUCUCAGAGGAGAAGUUUGGCUAACAUUUUCUGGUGCUUUGAAUGAAAUGGUAAUGAAUCCUGGUCUUUAUAAAUCAUUAGUUGACCAAUCAUUGGGUAAAUCGUGCCAAGCAAACGAAGAAAUAGAAAGAGAUUUGCACAGAUCUUUGCCAGAACAUCCAGCAUUUCAAUCUGAUACCGGUAUCAGUGCAUUAAGAAGAGUUCUUUCUGCGUAUGCUUGGAAAAAUCCACAAAUUGGUUAUUGCCAGGCAAUGAAUAUAGUAGCUUCGGUUUUAUUAAUCUAUUGCUCGGAGGAAUCUGCGUUCUGGCAGUUAUGUAACGUAUGCGAAUCGUUGUUACCCGAUUAUUAUGACAGAAGAGUGGUUGGUGCUCUCGUUGACCAAGGUCUUUUAGAAGAGUUAGCUGCUGAAUAUUUACCAACCUUGCACGCUAGGUUACAGGAACUUGGUCUGAUCAAAGUUAUAUCACUAUCAUGGUUCUUAACGAUAUUCUUAAGCGUCAUGCCAACCAGUAGCGCAGUAAAUAUAAUGGAUUGCUUUUUUUAUGACGGAGCGAAAGUAAUAUUCCAGAUAGCAUUGACAGUACUGGAAUGGAAUCAAGAUAAAUUGCUUAAUUGUCGCGACGAUGGCGAAGCAAUGCAGUUGUUAACAGAUUAUCUUGGAGGUGUGUACAACGAUGAGGGACCUAUACUGCCUAGACCAGUCGACAGUACUACUCCUCACAGAAGUAUAUCUGUUCAAACUUUAAUAUAUGAAGCAUAUUCAAGACACGGAUCAUUGACAAUUGGAGGAAUAGAGAGGCUUCGUUUGAAACAUAGACUUAGGGUGGUUCAGAGUCUAGAGGAUGGUAUUGAAAAGAAUGUAAUUAGAAGUGUUAUUGUUGAUAAAUACAUGUCAAUGGAAGAAUUACAGGAUCUGCUAAGUUUAGUAAGAGAAGAAUUAAUGAGUCAACGAAAAUCUGAACCUGAUCGCUACGAUCCAACACAACCUCCGUAUGAAGCGUACAAAACAGACUUCGAGUUAUUCAGGAUAUUAUUUGGUGGUCUAUCUCCGUGGGGAAAAUGUAGCCAGGCCGAAUCUUUAUCUGCUCGGUUAUUCCGUUUGAUGGACCGUAAUCGUGAUGGUUUGCUAAACUUUCGGGAAUUGAUACAAGCCAUUGGAAUGACAGCGACCGCCGAUUUGACACAGAGAUUAAAGCUUUUGUAUACUCUUCACUUGCCACCGUUACUCACACCUGUUGAUUUCGAAUCUCCAAUGCAUUCUGAUGGAGCAGAAGUUGCCGCGGAGGCUACAGAUUUCUUUGAUAGCAUGGAACAAAGUGUCGCUUCUUUGGAAAUUCCAAUUAGCGUAGCAGAAGAGCCAUCUGCAGGUACUCUGUCUCGUUCGACAAGUUUGAAUAGUCAACAAGCGGAUCAGUCAUGGGAAAUCCAAAGCAUGGGCAGCUUGCGGUCUAUGAUAGCAUCCAAAGAUAGUCCUUUGGAUCUAAAAACUGUGCCAAAAAUGUCCCAGGGACACUUUAUAGCAUUAUGGAAAACCCUUUACGACAUGUUCCCUGCACAACCGGAAGAACAAGAGACUUACCACUGUAUAGCUUCAAUUGGCACUCUUUUGCUUCAAUUAGGCGACGUUGGUAAAAAGUUUUAUGUCGAGCGGGAUGAAUCCGAGGACAGUUUACUUCUAGCCGCUACGGCUGGUCAGCAAUCGCCUUCAACCACAGAACGGUCUCACGAUCGGAAUGGAAACCCAUCGAACGCCACAACUUCGUCUGCCGAUCCCGAAUGGUCAAUAAGCGUCGAACAGUUCCUGGCAUCUGCCUUAACAGGUCAAGCGAUAGUGGACUUUUUUAGUAAAAGGGCAGAUCUUACCGAAGCAAUUGCAACCCUAAAGAAUCGUAGAUUUAAUCGCGUUCAUUCCUUGUCAGACACUCCCGUGUUAAAUAUAUGAUACACAGAGAGUUAAUUGUGUAUGAAAGAUAGUGUAAGAUAUAUGUAUAUGUAAAAUUUAUAAAGUGAUAGAUUGCCUUGGAUAAUUGACCAGCGACUUCAUUUCCUAAGGAAAUUUUUACAUUCAUUGUGAAUCGGAUAAAUA